AAAUCGGGGACCCUGAAGGAGAGGCCCCAGCAAGUGACAGCAAGCACUGGGACCCCCAGCACGGGAGAAGCCAGGCCUUGUGUGAGUGGGGCUUCACCAAGCAGCCUGCCUGCACCCCCCUCUCCUGCCCCGAGCUGGGUUGUGAAAACCCAAAGGGACACCGUCUGGCCCUCAAUAAAUAUUUGUCCAAUGUGUGGAUGAGUAAAGGCAAGAGAGGGGGCGUGUUUUUUCUGGCCGGCCACACCUCAGUAGUCACUCCCAGAUAAAACUCUCCAGAGCCCGGCGGCUGCCACGAACGAACACAGGAGCCUGUGUCGGGACCUCCUCGGGACAGGGAGCCAUGCCCAGGUACACGGUGCACGUGCGCGGAGAAUGGCUGGCCGUGCCCUGCCGGGACGCGCAGCUCACCAUUGGCUGGCUGGGCCGCGAGGCCGUCAGGAGGUACAUCAAGAAUAAGCCAGACAACGGGGGCUUCGCCUCAGUGGACGACGUGUGCUUCCUCGUGCGCCGGUGCAAGGGCCUGGGCCUGCUGGACCAUGAGGACCUGCUGGAGGUGGCCCUGGAGGACAACGAGUUCGUGGAAGUGGUUAUAGAGGGCGAUGCCAUGUCUCCUGACUUCAUUCCAUCACAACCAGAAGGAGUUUACCUAUACAGCAAAUACCGGGAGCCUGAAAAGUACAUUGCCUUAGAUGGGGAAAGUCUGACCACAGAGGAUCUGGUCAACUUGGGGAAAGGACGCUACAAAAUAAAGCUCACCCCAACUGCUGAAAAGAAGGUGCAAAAAUCCAGGGAAGUCAUAGAUAGCAUCGUGAAAGAAAAAACUGUUGUUUAUGGUAUAACUACAGGUUUUGGGAAAUUUGCCAGAACUGUAAUUCCUGUCAAUAAGCUAGAAGAGCUCCAGGUCAACUUAGUACGUUCACAUUCUUCAGGUGUUGGGAAACCACUAAUCCCUGAGAGAUGUCGGAUGCUCUUGGCUUUAAGGAUCAAUGUCUUAGCCAAAGGAUACAGUGGCAUUUCCCUGGAGACCCUCAAGCAAGUUAUCGAAGUAUUUAAUGCCUCCUGCCUGCCCUACGUUCCAGAGAAAGGAACCGUUGGCGCCAGUGGGGACCUUGCCCCACUCUCUCAUCUUGCUCUUGGGCUCAUUGGAGAAGGGAAGAUGUGGUCUCCAAAGAGUGGCUGGGCUGAUGCGAAAUAUGUCCUGGAAGCUCAUGGAUUGAAACCAGUUGUUUUGAAACCGAAAGAGGGCCUGGCGCUCAUCAACGGGACACAGAUGAUCACCUCCCUGGGCUGUGAAGCCGUGGAGCGAGCCAGUGCUAUUGCGCGCCAGGCAGACAUCGUGGCGGCCUUGACCCUUGAGGUGCUGAAGGGCACCACCAAAGCCUUCGAUACUGACAUUCACGCAGUCCGCCCUCACCGUGGGCAAAUUGAAGUUGCUUUUCGGUUUCGGUCACUCUUGGACUCAGAUCACCACCCAUCUGAAAUAGCAGAAAGUCACAGGUUCUGUGAUCGUGUUCAGGAUGCAUACACUUUGCGCUGCUGUCCACAGGUCCAUGGUGUGGUGAACGACACCAUAGCGUUUGUGAAGAACAUCAUUACCACAGAACUUAAUAGUGCAACCGAUAAUCCUAUGGUUUUUGCCAGCAGGGGAGAGACUAUUUCUGGAGGAAACUUCCAUGGUGAAUACCCAGCCAAAGCCCUAGACUAUUUGGCCAUUGGAGUCCAUGAACUUGCUUCAAUUAGUGAAAGAAGAAUUGAAAGGCUCUGUAACCCCUCUCUCAGCGAGCUGCCUCCCUUCCUGGUGGCGGAAGGUGGUCUGAACUCUGGGUUUAUGAUUGCACAUUGCACCGCCGCAGCGCUUGUUUCUGAGAACAAGGCUCUGUGCCACCCCUCGUCUGUGGACUCUCUCUCCACCAGCGCUGCCACGGAAGACCACGUCUCCAUGGGAGGAUGGGCAGCAAGGAAGGCCCUUCGGGUCAUCGAGCACGUGGAACAAGUGCUGGCCAUCGAGCUUCUUGCAGCCUGCCAGGGCAUAGAGUUUCUACGCCCCCUGAGAACAACCACUCCUCUGGAGAAGGUCUAUGACCUGGUGCGCUCUGUUGUAAGGCCCUGGAUAAAAGAUCGCUUCAUGGCUCCAGACAUUGAGGCUGCUCACAGGCUGCUUGUAGAGCAGAAGGUUUGGGAGGUCGCUGCACCAUAUAUUGAAAAAUACAGAAUGGAACAUAUUCCAGAAUCCAGACCUGUUUCUCCAACAGCCUUUUCACUGGAAUUUCUACAUAAGAAAUCCAUCAGAAUUCCAGAGUCCGGGGAUCUUUAAUGGGCUUUGUCAUAGAUUAGCAGAUCAGAGGGUCCUUGGUUGAACAGCAAGCAAUAUUAUGCUGAAGAGGCCUGAGGACUUUCCUAAGUAGAUCAAUCCAUUAUAUUGUUCAGUUCUGCUAAAACCUCCUUUGCUUAGGCUGGUGACAGCAUUGAAGUUGCUCACCCUAGCACUGUGUUCUUGUUGACCUGGUUUGAAACACAGAAGCUGUUUUCAGAUUAUAGGAGUUUUCUUUCUUCCUUAACCGUAUCAACAGGCCACAGGCCAUUUGACAUUAUUUGAACUCAAAUUUUGAAACAGAUUGAUGAUAUUCUUUUCCAAAAACAUUAGACUAUGAAACUUUUUUUUUUAUGGUUUGAAAAGCUCUCCACUAGAUAACUUGGGCUAUUUGAAUUAUACCACGAUAUGAUGAAUGUUCCUUACGAGGCCUUGAUCAACAACUUCUUCUGAAGUCAUAAUUUGUCCUGAAGCUUCUCUUUCUUCUAUUAAUUGCAUCAUAGUCUAGUCAGUAGGUCCAACGAGGUUUUGCAUAAAGGAUUGCUAUUGGAGUGGCCCUCAGUGAUAUUUAUCAAAUAUCACUAUACGUCGCAAAAAAAAAAAAAAA